ACUGGCCUCGAACUUGAGUGCCCGAUUCCUGACUGAGUUUGCAUUUUGCUGACUAAACUUUCGUGAAAAUAGACUGGAGGAGACCGCAAAUUAUCUACCUGAUAAUUAUUGGAAAAGGGCGAAGUGUUCUGAAGGACAGAAAAGCGCACAAAAAUGGCUCUCAGCGUGUUACGGCGGAUAACAUCAUUGCGGCCGUCCGGCAAGUUUGCGCGCAGCCUCUUUGUUGCCAAGAAUAAAGAUCUCGAUUUACCCGCUUUUGGAAAAACUUUGGAGGAACAACUCAAAGAGAAACAGGUUCAAGACCCAGCUGUUUAUUACCAGGUGGACAUCGGUCUGCCUCGAGAGUCGUUUUCGAAGAGACGGGACAACGCUUCAGACCAAGUAGCUCAUUUAAAAAAGCUCAAGUCUGAUGCAAACCUGGAGAAACUUUCGCGCCACGGAAAAUUGGAAAUUCCUAUGGAUGAAGUCCGGCAAGACUGGCUGAAAGAAAAGGGUACGCAGCACGUCAAGGAAAUUGCUGAGCACUACGGAGUAUUCCAGCACCUGUUCGGCGACGCUUAUUUCUUCCCUCGUGUGCCCUUGGACGUGGCUUAUGACCAAGGGGAUGACGUUUUUGCGCCAGUUUGCUUUGGAAACCAGCUCAAACCGAAGGAGGUGUUGAAGCAACCUGUCAUUCAAUUCAAGAGCGAUCCAGACACCUUUUGGACGCUGGUGCUCACCAAUCCUGAUGGACAUUUAACCAAGGAGAACAGUGAAUAUGUUCAUUGGAUGAUUGGCAACAUCCCAGGAUCGGAUGUUUCCAAAGGAGAUGUGAUAUUUGAUUAUUUGCAACCGUUUCCUCUGAAGGGAGUUGGCUACCAGAGAAUGGUUUUUGUUUUAUACAAGCAGGAAAAGAAACUGGAAUUUUCGCAGCUGAAGAAAUCGCAGCCAAGUUUGGCAGAUCGCACCUUCAGCACCUACGAGUUCUACCGGGAUAGACAAGAUGUAAUGACACCUGCUGGCCUUGCAUUUUUCCAGACAGAUUGGGACAGAAGCGUCACUGAUUUCUUCCACAGAACUUUGGGACAAGAGGAACCAAUUUACGAGUACGAUUUUCCAGAGCCUUUCUAUGAACGCCAAACUUAUUUCCCCAAGUUGGAGCCGUUCAAUGUAUACUUGGACAAAUACCGCGACCCAAAAGACAUAAACCGGGAUUACUUGGUUCAACGGUUGGCAAAGGAGAAUCCAUUCGCCAAGCCAAAACCGAAGCUGCGAUUCCCGAAUGCCGAGCCACUGCCUAGAGACAUGCCAACCUGGCUGCAGGACAAGAUAAAACGAGACCGAUUGGGCUGGGGAAGAAUCAACGAAGUCGAGGAAUAUGAGGGUCCACCAACUGAUUCGCUGCACGCAAAUCGUGGACUUAUGUAGUCAAAUAAAUUAGAUCUUUGUUGAAUUGCAAA